AUGGCAAAGGUGGGCCAAUAUUGGAAUCCCGACAAUCUAGGACAGCAGUCUACGGAUAACGGUGUCGUGCCGAAUCUUAAAUGGAGCUUCUCGGACUCAAAAACACGUCUGCUCAAGGGAGGUUGGGUGCGAGAGCAGGUAAUCCAGGACCUCCCACAAAGUCAUGACAUCUCUGCGGCUCAACAGCAUCUUCAUAAAGGUGCAAUUAGAGAGCUCCACUGGCAUCGUGUUGCUGAAUGGGGGUUCGUCUACUCCGGCCGUGUUGUAGUUAGUGCGGUAGAUGAAUUCGGUCGUUACCAAGUUGAGGAAUUGAGUUACGGUGACAUAUGGUAUUUCCCGAAAGGCGCCGCACAUACCAUUCAGGGACUUGACGAGGAGAAUGAAUAUCUCCUUGUAUUCGAUGAUGCUGACUUUGACAAAGUUGGGACAACCUUCAACAUAGAUGACUGGAUCGCUCACACACCAAAAAGCGUCCUCGCCAAGAAUUUUGGUGUAGAUGAAUCAGUCUUCGAUGAUGUUCCAUCUCCAAAUCCGUAUAUCGUCAACGCUACUGUCAGUACCAGAAAUGUGACCGAUGGGCCAGCCGGGACGCUCUCCGGAAAUAGUUCAUAUGUUUACCACACUUUACAACAUCCUGCGGAGAAAGUCCCUGGCAAUGGGGGCGAGUUCCGAAAGAUUGACUCAACAAACUUUCCCAUUAGCAAGACAAUUGCGGCAACGUACGUAACCGUGAAGCCAGGUGGUCUUCGAGAGCUACAUUGGCACCCCAAUGCGGAGGAAUGGUUGUAUUUCCAUAAAGGAACUGCACGCGCGACCGUUUUCAUCGGUAAUGCAGCAGCUCGCACAUUUGACUUUCGUGCCGGAGAUACUGCCGCGUUUCCGGACAACUCGGGUCACUACAUUGAGAACACGUCUGAUACGGAAGAUCUCGUAUGGAUCGAGAUAUACAAGUCAGACAGAGUUGCUGAUAUUCCUCUGAGUCAAUGGUUAGCUCUGACUCCCGCGGAUAUUGUAGCACAAACUCUUAAAGUUCCCAUCGACUUCGUGGAACACAUCAAGAAGGAGAAGCAGGUUCUGAUUGAAUGA